ACAAACAAACAUGACGUUUUGGUUUUUAUUUUGAAUAAGGUAGAAGAAUGAUCGAGGUUAUGUUAUGCUAUGCAGGUUGUAUGUAAUGUUCAUGAAUUUGAGAUAGAGAGAGAUACCAUAUUUUGAAUUGAAUGACUAAUGACUAGGAUUAAUGACUUGAAUGAUUAAAAUAGUCAGAGUCACAUAUUACACUAUCUGUAGACUAUACAAGAAAUUUUUGUGUGAGUGUGAGUGAGGUUAGAUUAUCCUCAACCCUGAUGAAUUUUGUUCCUUGUUAUUUUAUCUAAAUGGAAUUCAUUUUGGCCUAUACUAAUUUUAUAACUAAAUAGCCUAUCACUGAAAUUAGGGUCUACAUCACAAACAUUGGUAAACUUAGAGAAAUAGAAAUGGAAUCCGUGGAUUUAAGUAAGAUAGAAGGUAUAUGCGCCAAUUCUACAGUUAUACUGCCAGCAAUAUCCGUUUCUAAUGCUGGACAACUAGCCGUGGAUUUACUGAUUCAGUCAACAAAAGCACAAAAGCUGGGAAACAUUUGGCAUCAAGCAUUUAUUCCCUUAAUCGGAAGCCAUCCCUAUAAGGAGGAUAUUACAGAACUAUGCACAGAAUUUGAAGUGUACUACUUGAAGGAACCCAAAGUCAUUUUUGCUCAGUUCAGAUCACCAGUUUGGGAGAACAAGGAAGAUGUUUUUUUGGAUGAUUUGAUCAAGUGGUUUGAGAGUAUAAAAGCUAGCAAGAUAGUAAUCAUAUCUAGUUUGUAUGACUACGAACGCAACGACAGUCAGAUCCGUUCUCCACAUGUAAGAUGUUGUGUUUGUCCUCACACAACAGGUUUAUUGGAUUCUGUCUUUGUGCCAUUAGGAGUGAAGCCUCUGGAGUUAAAGGCAACCGCUGAUACAAUGACCUCUGGUGUCAUGACAGAGACGAUGCAUUUCCCUGGCGCUGGGUUCACAAAGAAUCUACACCUUAAGUGUAUUCAAAAGGGGUUCCCUGUCGUUUCACUUUUUAAGUUCUGCUAUGAUGGAGACAACACACCAGAAGCUACAGAACUGGCCAGUACAGUUGAUGGGUGGCUGAAUAUCGUACCGACUGUCAAAGAUAAAGCUAAGACUCUAAUUCAGCCUCCUUCAUGGAAAUACAUUUUUGGAGGACCCUCGCCACAAGAACUGUUUCCAUAAACUAUUGUACAAUAUAUUUUUAUUAUUCCAUAA